AUGCCUGAACCCGAAAGGUAUACAGUCGGCUGGAUCUGCGCCAUAAAGACCGAGUACGUUGCCGCACGAGCAUUUCUCGACGAGAUACACAAAGACCCGGUAGCCGUGUCGCCGAACGACAAUAACGCUUAUACAACGGGCAGAAUGGGAGAACACAACGUCGUUAUUGCUGUCUUGCCUGACGGGGAGUACGGCAUAUCCUCUGCUGCAAGCGUCGCAAGGGAUAUGAUGCACAGCUUUUCGAAUAUUAGAGUUGGUCUGAUGGUCGGCAUUGGUGGUGGUGCGCCAAGCAGAAAGCAUGAUAUCCGUCUCGGCGACAUUGUGGUCAGCGCCCCUCGAGAUGGUAAGGGUGGCGUGUUUCAGUACGACUUUGGCAAAACCAUUCAAGAUCAGAGUUUCAGGCCCACGGGAUUUCUGAACCAACCCCCUGCUGUCCUGCGUACAGCGAUGACUCUACUCAGUGGCCAGUACGAGAGUGACGGCCACAAUAUUGAAAUGGAUAUCAACGACAUUCUCCAAGAGAAGCCACGGUUGCAGAAUACGUACGGCCGACCGGACCCAAGUAGCGACAGGUUGUAUCGAUCCGGAGUUGUGCAUCCUGUAAAUGACGACGCAAGCUGCGUGGCAACCUGCGGUACCGAUGGAUCAAAGCUAAUACUGCGACCCGAACGAACUCGACACGAGGAUAAUCCGGCAAUUCACUACGGCCUGAUCGCUUCGGCGAACCAGUUGAUGAAGGACGCUCUGAUUAGGGAUAAGCUCGCCACAGAAAUGGGCGUUUUAUGCUUUGAAAUGGAAGCGGCUGGGCUCAUGAACCAUUUCCCUUGUCUGGUUGUUCGCGGCAUAUGCGACUAUUCAGACUCCCACAAAAAAAAGGAGUGGCAGGGGUAUGCAGCAAUGACAGCUGCAGCAUAUGCCAAAGAUCUUCUCCGCCGAAUAGCGCCAAAUAAGAUUGAGGCUGAGAAGAAACUCGGCGACAUUCUGUCCGACCUCCAUGGAGCUGCAGAACAGGGCCUGGACAUUGCACAAAAGCACCAUGAAGUUGCAGAAACGCAUUUAGGGAUUGUAAAAGCGCGGCUGUCCCAAAAAGAACAAGAGGAAAUACAAAAGUGUCACCAGCUGUUCCGCCUCACGGAUGGCAGCAGGGAUACCACAUACGAGUGGUAUAAAGACCGAGUGGAGGACAGAGUUAAAGACACGUGCCUGUGGUUCCUCCAGCACGAGCGCUUCCAAAGCUGGUUAAAACAGGAUUUCGGGCCCCUGCUAGUCACGGCAGAUCCUGGCUGUGGAAAGUCAGUAUUAGCCAAGUACUUAAUCGACCACGGCUUACCACAAUCGGCAACUAUAUGCUACUUCUUCUUUAAAGACCAAGACCAGAAUACCGUCCGCCAAGCAUUAUGCGCUCUGCUUCACCAGCUCUUCUCUCAGAAACCGGCUCUAAUUGAACACGCCAUGACCCAAUUCCGUAAGGAUGGGCAAGGUUUAAUCAACUCUACAGAAUCGCUCUGGAAGGUUUUACGAAGCGCCCUGAAAGAUCCCCAGGCAAGACCCGUAAUUAUGGUCCUUGACGCCCUGGACGAAUGUGCCGAAUCAGAGUUUACGAAUCUAAUGCGGAAUGUGCAGAGCCAAUUCCGCAGCGAUCAAUCGGGCCAUGGCACGGUGAAGUAUCUUCUAACGAGCCGCCCAUAUGAGCAGAUCGUGUCUGAGUUCCAGGACCUAUUAGGUUCUUUCCCAAAUAUUCGCAUACCAGGUGAGGAGGAGUCGGAAGCCAUCAGUCAGGAGGUGAACUGCGUCAUUACGCACCGGGUCAAUCAGCUGUCGGAGAAGAAGCACCUCUCAGAUCAAGUCAAGGUUCGCCUAAUGGAUCGAUUGCUCAAAAUUACGCACCGCACCUACCUCUGGGCGUACCUUGUGUUCGACCACUUGAAGACAAAGGACUUCAAAAAGACGCCGAGAGGGGUUGAAUCCGCCAUUACAACUCUGCCAGAGACUGUUAACGAUGCAUAUGAACAGAUUCUGAACAGGUCUAAGGAACCAUUGUUAGCCCGAAAGGCAUUGAGUAUUAUCUUAGCCGCGAGUCGGCCGCUAACACUCUCGGAAAUGAACGUAGCCGUAAAUAUAGACGGCGAAUCACGGUCUAUGGACGACCUAGACUUGGAGGACGAAAACGACUUCAAGUGUCGUCUCAGAUCUUUGUGCGGAUUGUUCCUUUCAAUCCAUCAUGGCAAAAUUUAUUUCCUUCAUCAAACUGCUCGCGAGUUUCUCCUUGUAAAUUUAGCGUUACCCAUAACUACUUCAUCAGGGCUACGCUGGCAUCACUCCAUUACCAUUCACCAGGCACACACCGUUCUUGCGGAGCUCUGUGUGCUGUAUCUAAACUUCUUCAACUCUGACUUCGGCCUUCCGACAAACGCAAAUGGGGAAAUCAACCACUCUGUCGAUAGUCACGCCUUCUUAGAUUACUCGGCCAAAACGUGGGGCAGUCACUUCCGCAAGGCUAGGAUAAUGGAUAACGCUUCUAUUAUGCCUUACGCUCUAAGAAUUUCUAAUCCAGAUUUAAAGAGCUAUUCGGCAUGGUUUAGAAUCUAUUGGAGGACUACACGGAUGGAGGAUACAGAUUUCACGGAUCUUUUGGUGGCGUCAUAUUUUGGACAUAGUGGCGUGGUCAAGUUGCUGCUGGAGCAAGGCGCCGAUAUCGAGGCCAAGGACAGUAAGCACGGUCGAACGCCGCUGUUAUGGGCCGCCAACAAGGGCCACGGACCCGUAGUCAAGCUGCUGCUGAGGAAUGGCGCCAACGUUGAGGCUAAGGACAGUGAAUACAAUCAAACGCCACUAUCGUUGGCCGCCUUACAAGGGCAUGGGGCCGUGGUCAGGCUGCUACUUGGGAAGGGCGCCGAUAUUGAGGCCAAGGACAGUAGGGUCGGUCGAACGCCGCUAUUAUGGGCCGCCGAAAUGGGCCACGAGGCCGUAUUCAAGCUGCUGCUUAGGAAUGGCGCUAACAUCGAGGCUAAGAAUAGAAUAGUUAGUCAAACGCCGGGGUGGCAAGUCGCCUGGGAGAGGAGACAGGCUAGGGUUCAGCUGCUACUUAGGAAGUGCGCCAGCAUUAAGGCUAAGAACAAUGAGUACGGUCAAACGCCGCUAUCGUGGGCCGCCUUGGAAGGGCACGGGGCCAUAGUCAAAUUGCUACUUGGGAAUGGCGCCGACGUUGAGGCUAAGAACAAAUUUGGCCAGACGCCGCUGUUGUGGGCCGCCUUAGAAGGGCACGAGGCCGUAGUCAAGCUGCUGCUAGGAGAAGGCGCCGACAUCGAGGCUAAGGAUAGUGAGUACGGUCAAACACCGCUGUUGUGGGCCGCCUUGGAGGGGCACGAGGCCAUAGUCAAGCUGCUGCUAGGAGAAGGCGCCGACAUCGAGGUUAAAGAUAGUGAGUACGGUCAAACGCCGCUGUCGUGGGCCGCAGAGAAGGGCCACAAGUCCGUAGUCAAGAUACUGCUCGAAAACGGCGCCGACGUCGAGGCCAAGGACAGUGAGUACGAUCAAACGCCGCUGUUGUGGGCCGCCUUAGAAGGCCACGCGGCCGUAGUCAGGCUGCUGCUUGGGAAUGGCGCCGAUAUUGAGGCCAAGGACAGUAAGCACGGUCGAACGCCGCUGUUAUGGGCUGCUGAUGAGGGCCAUGAGGCCGUAGUCAAGCUGCUGCUUGGGAAUGGCGCCAACGUUGAGGCUAAGGACAGUGAGUACGAUCGAACGCCGCUAUUGUUGGCCGCCCUAGAAGGCCAUGCGGCCAUAGUCAAGCUGCUCCUUGGGAAGGGCGCCGACGUUAAGGCUGAGGACAGUGCGUGCGGUCAAACGCCGCUAUUAUGGGCCGCCGAAAAGGGCCACAAGGCCGUGGUCAAGCUGUUACUUGAAAAGGGAGCCAACGUCGUAGCCAAGGACAGUAAGUACGGUCGAACGCCGCUAUUAUGGGCCGCUAGGAACGGGCACGUGGCCGUGGUCAAGCAGCUACUUGAGAAGGACGCCUAUAUGGAAGCUGAGGAUAGUGAGUACGGUUAA